CGAGCAGCAUGAGGACGUCACAGCAGAUGUCUCUCUUAACACAGAGUCAAAUUCUAUUGGGCAGCGGGCUGUACUAACGUUCUCGUACAUCGAAAAGAUGAGAAAAGUCAAAGACCCAGAUCUCUGGCAGCUGUUUUACGAGAAAGUCCUGCCGCUUUUGGACGACAUCCAGCCCGCUUGCGAGGCCAUUUCUUCCUCUCGCAAGCUUCAGCCUGCUCUAAGGAACGCAGCAACUCACUGGAUUGACCAAAUCUCUGAUCUUCGUGAUCAGGUGAAGCGAUCCCAUCAAACUGUCAUCGGUGUCUUAGGCAACACAGGGGAUGGCAAAAGCUCAACCAUCAAUGCUUUACUAGAUGAAGAGAGUUUGCUUCCCACAAACUGCAUGCGCGCAUGCACCGCUGUCGCCACCGAGAUUUCUUAUAAUCAUGAUAAAGACGAAGAGAACCCAUACCGCGCGGAAGUCGAGUUCAUCUCGAGAGAGGAAUGGGCCACGGAAGUCAACAUACUGCUCAUGGAAUUCCUCGCUGGGGAGACUACGGAAAGGAAUGAUUUGGAUCCAGAAAGCGAUGCAGCGAAAGCUUUAGCAAAAGUUCAAGCGGUUUAUCCGUCAUUGAGCCUCGAAGACUUGGCAGGCAGCACCUCGGCCCAGCUGGCUACUCAUCCAAGCGUUGAUCACCUCAUAGGUACCACCAUGACCAUGAAAAGCGACAAUGCGCAGGAUAUCCGCGAGCAACUCGAGCCCUACGUCGACUCGAACGACAAGGAUGACGAGACCGCGGCAUACUGGCCUUUGGUGAAGGUCGUCAGAAUCUUUACCAAAGCCAAAGUGCUCGCAAACGGCAUCACAAUCGUAGACUUGCCCGGCCACCAGGAUUGGGAUGCAGCCAGAGCUGCGGUAGCAAGCGAGUACAUCAAGUGUUGUUCGGGGGUCUGGGUCGUGGCUCCGAUAAACAGAGCUGUUGAUAAUAAAACAGCCAAAGACAUCAUGAGCAACUCUAUCAAGCGUCAACUCAAGCUUGAUGGAGCGUUCUCGGCUUUGACCGUCAUUUGCUCAAAGACUGACGACAUGACGCUCAGCUCCGGAAUGGAAAGCAUGAAGUCGAAAAUGGACAAGGAUACUAAGACAGCAUGCGCCCAGGUCCAUGCCCUAGGUCGCCGCAUCGCGGCUCUGGAAAAGCAGCUCAUGGUUGUCCGAGGUCGUGGGAAGACAUCUCGGGCAUCGACCAGCCGCCUCGACACGGGCCGCGCAACGAAGAGAGCGCGAACCGAGCCGCCCAGUAAGCAAGCGGAGAAAGUCGCAUUUGACAGUUCCUCCGAACUACCCAAUGAUGGAAUUAUCGACUCCGAUCCAAAUGCUGAGAAGCGUGAGGAGCUUGCGGAGUUGAAACAAGAAAAGCGGGAGCUGAUGGAUGACGUUCAUGCACGUCUGAUCCGGAGACGCAACAAGCUUUGCCGAGAUGCUGUCAGGAAGCACCUCGCUAAGGGUUUCAAAGAUCUUGGUCGGCAAGAUGCAGCCAACUCCGAUGGACAUGGACAAGCUGAAGAGAAGUCCCGCGACUACGACGAAAUGUCAGCUUUGACUCCUGUCUUCUGCAUCAGCAGCCUCGUAUACCAGAAGAUGCAAGGUCUGGUGGCCGAUGACGAUAAUGAGACUCCUGGCUUCGACACCGAGCAGGACACAGAAAUCCCUCAGCUCCAAGCUCAUGCUCAGAAGCUGACCGAAAAGCUUCGAGUCGCGAAGUACCAAGAGAUUCUUAAUAGUAUUUGCCAAACCCUCAACUCCAUCGCGAUAUGGGCGCAGGACGCGGCAGAGAUGGCACCCACGAUUAACGGGGAGAGUCUCAAGUAUAUGCUGGCACGCUUCAAUGAUGAUAUGAAUGGUGAGGUCGAGGAUUGCCGCGACAAGUUGCACGUGGCAGCAGAGACUAUUCUGUAUGAGGAGAUGAAGCGCUUGAGCUCCGCUGCCAAUCGCGCGGCAGUUCCUACGGCAAUUGGCUGGGGCAACAUGAACUUCUCCACGCUCAAGGCAACGUUUCGUCGCAGAGGCAUGUGGAAGUCAAACAAUUUCAACGAAGACUUAUUAAGACCUAUUGCGGAUAAUUUGACGGAGACCUGGGCAAACUUUUUUCAGUUCAGUAUCCCAGGCGUGCUCGACAAUUUCUCCGUCUCCGUGACUCACCGACUGGGCGCGUUUCACGAGGAUGUCAUGAAGCAACUUGGGAUUCAAGACUACGAUCACGAUGAAUCACCUGCCAUCAUCCAGCUAAACCGGCAGCUCGACCUCCACAAGGCAAAGGUUGUUCGACUUGCCGCCCAGAGUCGGAUGGGAGUCGAUGAUGCUCAAAAGGACGCCAACAGAGCGCUGACUACACCAAUUGCCGAAGCAAUGGCCCCUGGCUAUACGGAGUGUUCUCAGAUGCAUGGAAAAGGAUCAGUCAAGAUGAUCAAAGCCAGAAUUGAGGAAUAUGUCAUCGACCGGAAGGCCAAGAUGUUCCGCGACGCGAUCCGAAACGUCAAAGACGUUCUCGAGGACGGCUUGAAGAUGGUUGGUGAAGAUAUGGCGGCUGAUAUCAGAAACAUUGAAGUCACUAUGGAAGGUGACUACAUGCUUGCACUGGCAGAGAAGCGGGAGUCGGCUCGUCGUCUGGAAGCGGCUUCUAAGCGGGAGAUGCUCGAGUUCUUGAAGCAUGCCGCGGAGCAAUUCAUAUAGAUGGGCUUGCGGCAUUCCAACUGAGCUUGGGAAAUGGUUGGAUUGGGAGACGUCAGCGGGGAAUUUCAUUGAUUCAUUAGCAUUAGACUCCACUUUAUCUCAAAUCGCUUGCUUCACUUCGAUAUAGACGCC